UCCCGGCGGCCAAAUUGAAUUCAUCCGAGGAGCUUCCCUGUCGCUAGAUGGACAUGGGCGCCCCAUAAUCACCCUGAACUCCCUGACCUCCGAGGGCAAAUCCUCCAUAGUACCGACGCUGUCGCCUGGCAGUGGGGUGACAUGCACCCGGGCCCACGUGCAUUACGUCGUCACUGAGUACGGUAUUGCCUACCUCUUCGGCAAGACCUUGCGCCAGCGAGCCUACGAACUGAUCAGAAUCUCGCAUCCUAACUUUAGGUAG